CUCAUGCAAAGCCAGUGUGUGACUGUGUCACGUUAUCUGUUGUUGUUUUCGUGUUGUUAUAUUACGAGUUUGGUUAUACUAAAAUGUUGUAGCUAUUUUAUGGUGUACAUGGAUAUCAUAUACGAAUUAUUUUAGUUGCUGACUAUGUGAAUUUGCCGAACUUAUUGAUAGGUAACAUUUAUUGAAAAUGAAAGCCUUAUUCAUUGAAGUCACACAGGGUGAGGGUGAUGGUCCCUGCGAUCAACAGCAACAAUAUUUUGUUGAUGAAACAUGGAGGAUCCUGGAUUGACUGAUCUUGCAGGAAGUGAAAUUGAGGUCGAAGUGAAAGCUUGUGGGCUUUCUAGUUUUUGCCACAAUCAGGCAGUAGAAGAAGCACUAAAGAAGAAGCUUUCUCUGAGGCUUCCAAUGGGAUUAGAGAUAUCAGGAGUGGUGCAGCGAGUCGGCCAAGAUGUCUCAUCGCUGAGUGUUAAUGACCAUGUUGUAGGCAUGCUUCCAUUGGAUUCUCCUUACUCAGGCUGCUCUCGUGCUAUCAUCUUACAUGAGUAUCAUGCAGCUCGCAUUCCAAGCAGCUUGAGUCAUGAGCUCGCAGCUGGUUCUGUAGGCGACUGCGUGCGUGCCUACACCGCUCUCUAUUAUCUCGCACACCUACAACGAGAUGAGACUGUCCUUGUGCUAAAUGCUGCUUCUCCUUUUGGUACGAUGGUGUUGCAGCUGGCUAUUCAGUGGGGAGCAUCGCAGGUAUUCUGCACUGUAUGUGAUAAAGAUGAGCAAUUCUUCCUGGAAGAUGUGCUCAAGUUGUCAUCUGUUAUUGUCAUGGAGAACGUUCAAUCAGGAAACAUACUGCAGAAGAAGGUUCUGGAUCAAACAGCUGGCCUAGGCAUUGACAUCAUUGUAGACAGUGGCGUAAACAUGUUUCGGGUGGAAGACGGCAUUCAAGUGAAUCCUCAGCUACCACACAAACACGACGUCAUAUCCAUGCUUGCCACUGGAGGGCGCUGGGUAACGUCGCAGGCCAAUCUGCAGCUGGAUCCUCCGGACAGUCACCUGUUGCAUCUUAAGUGUGCGUCGGUGUGUCACCUAUUCGAGCAUGCGUGGUUGCUCUCGCCUUCCCGACUCGGCUGUUACCAACACAUUCUCAAGGACAGUAUGGAGAAACUGUGUGAUGGGAAAUUGCGAGUUCACAUCCAGGAAAAGGUCAAUCUGGAAGAGGUGCCUGAUGCAAUGAAAUCUCUAGGAGAACGGUGGGGAAAAGUUGUUAUAGAGCUAUGACAGACAUAAAAGGUUAUAAUAAAUAUUAUAUGCAACGAAACAUUUUGGUAAUCAUGCAAUCUGAUGAUUGCGAUAUGUUUCAUAACAUAAUGUAAUUUUAUUGACACCUUGAGCCCAUUUCAAAUGUUAGAUGCAUCAGAGUGUAGAAUAGACAGCAAUAGCAAGUCAAAAAUUUCGAAUGCAUGCAACAAUAGGAAAACUGAUGAUCUGCAUCUAUAUUUUGAUAUCCGUGUUUUGUUUUGUUUUUAAUUUGGGUAAUUUUAUGAUUAUGUAGAAACUAAAACGUAACUCGUUGUUGGUUUUAAUGAAACUGAUCAUGGAAGUUAAGGAAUGCACAUUGCAUAAAACAUGGAUUUAUUAUUAUGUUCAGAUAUUACAUGAUUACAAGUAUGUUUGUUUUGAAUAUCAACCAAAAGCCCAUAUAUCACAGCAAACACUCGUGCAACCAAUGUUUUCAUCUAGGAUAGAAUUGUUAUAUUUUGACCGUGGUAUUAUUUCUAUGUAUCUCGUUUAUUGUAUUUUGUAUACUUUUUAAAAUAAAAAAAUACCUAA